GUAUUAUUUCAUCUUUUCCUGAACCGUUUCCUUGCGUCUACUUCUCUGCGCCCAAACUCAGAACUUCCCAUCUCCUGCAAAUGCCGCCUGCAUGCACCACAGCUGCCUCCUUAAGGGUUGCCUUGCACCCUGCUAUCCCUGAGAACUGUGGUGAGGUGGCCCCUUUCUUUCUCAAGGACCUACCUCAGCACCAGUGCUUGGAGUUUCUCACCACUACUCUGUUCCCCACAGCCACCACCACCCUUUUAGAAUGGCCAACAGGGGACCUGCCUAUGGCCUGAGCCGGGAGGUGCAGCAGAAGAUUGAGAAACAGUACGAUGCGGACCUAGAGCAAAUCCUGAUCCAGUGGAUCACUGCCCAGUGCCGCAGGGAUGUGGGCCGGCCCCAGCCGGGGCGUGAGAACUUCCAGAACUGGCUCAAGGAUGGCACGGUGCUAUGUGAGCUCAUUAAUGGACUGUACCCUGAGGGGCAGGGCCCAGUGAAGAAGAUCCAGUCCUCCACCAUGGCCUUCAAGCAGAUGGAGCAGAUUUCUCAGUUCCUGCAAGCAGCUGAGCGCUACGGCAUCAACACCACUGACAUCUUCCAGACUGUGGACCUCUGGGAAGGAAAGAACAUGGCCUGUGUGCAGCGGACGCUGAUGAACCUGGGUGGGCUGGCAGUAGCCCGGGACGAUGGGCUUUUCUCUGGGGAUCCCAACUGGUUUCCUAAGAAGUCCAAGGAGAACCCUCGGAACUUUUCGGACAACCAGCUGCAAGAGGGCAAGAACGUGAUUGGGUUACAGAUGGGCACCAACCGUGGGGCAUCUCAGGCAGGCAUGACCGGCUAUGGGAUGCCACGCCAGAUCCUCUGAUGUGCCCUCAGCCCUGCCCCUGCCCUCCCGUGGAUGGUUAAAAUAUAUAUAUAUAUAUAUAUUAGCAGUGACAUUCCCAAGAGCCCUCUGGAGCUCUCAAGCUCCCCUCUGCCAGGGUGGAGUCCUGGCCUGGCCUAUCUCCUCUUGGGGUGCUUGAUGGUGGCCUGUCCCUCUGUGCUUACUAAUACAUUCCCUUCUUCAAACC